AAGUGGCAGACUUUGGCAUGGCCAGAGAUGUUUUUGAUAAGGAGUAUUACAGUAUUCAGGAUCACCGGAAGGCUAAGCUGCCAGUCAAGUGGAUGGCCAUUGAGAGUCUGCAGACACAGAAAUUCACCUCCAAAUCCGAUGUGUGGUCCUUUGGUGUUCUGAUGUGGGAGAUGCUGACCAGAGGAGCGAGCCCCUACCCAGAGGUUGACCCUUAUGACAUAACACAUUUCUUACUGAAGGGCAGAAGGCUUCCCCAGCCUCAGUACUGCCCUGACCCUUUGUAUAGCAUUAUGCUUCAGUGCUGGGACCCUGAUCCAGAGAUGAGGCCUAGCUUUGCUACACUGGUGUCGGCUGUCUCUACCAUCCUGUCUGGCCUGGAGGGAGAACACUACAUCAGUCUGAAUGUCACCUACGUCAACCUGGACCAGCCUCGGCCCUACCCCGCCCUCACAGAGUCUGCUGACGAAGACGAAUCCACAGAUAUUGAAGACUCAGGCUCAGUCUCUUCCUGAUCCACUCCUCUUCCUCUCUCGACUUAGACUUCUUAGUCUUCUUAGACUUCUUCCUCUUAGACUGGUAUCGGUGCUAACAGCAUGAGCAAAGAAACAAACAAACCCAAAACAAAACUCUGCUAGGUUACAACACGUUUCUUACUACCUGAAACAGAGAUACUGUUUGGGUGCGUGAAAGUGGUAGUAAGAUGCCACACCAGCCAUAUUGGAGGUCUGUCACUUUCAACAAUAGCUGAGUAAAAUGUGAACUUCCAAACUUGGUCAGAUAUUGAAUAGACAUUCAAUCUCUGUGUUAUUUUUCACUGCUAACAAUAAAUGUCACUGUUGAUACAUCUAAUCUAGUUUUGUAGUUACAGCUUGUUAGCCAGCCAAACAAAACACGCCUUGUUGUUAACACUUCCUAUGUACCCAUUAAUUGGCAUUUCACUGGUUUGCUAAAUCACGCUGCAGGUUAGCUAGCUGGACAACAAUGGUAAAAACAGAGUUUGUUGAAUUAGGGUCUUCUAACACCACCGUAAUGUGCAAAGAAAGUCACAUGCCUGGGCUAAAUGGUAACAAAAUCUUACUCAUUGCUGAACAGACCUGUUCCAAAACUACAGGAGUCUUUUUCAGAUAUUUGUUUUUCUUUUCUUGCCCAGCUAGUAUUAAUGUAGUCAUUAUAAAUGCUUGCCAUGUAAUUUUAUCCAUGUCUAACAGUGUUGGCUACAGUAUUGAGGAAAGGAGUCACAAAAGUAGUUCUACAAUGCAAACAAGUUAAAUCUAGAGGCUUUCUACUACCUACAACAUAGUGUACUGUUACAGCAGCAGAGCCCAUGUGUAUAUACGUUUAGGUAUGACAAUCACACAUUUGCUUUUAAUUCUUUUGCAGUGUAGUGAUUGUACUGUGUAUUUUGGAUCAUACCUUUUGUAAGGCAGAAUGUUGACCACAAUGCUCUGAAUGCUUUGUAUUUCUGACACACUGUCUUUGAGAUAAUGUGUAAUGAAUUAAAAUAUUUAUUUGUUUAUAGAUUUGUUCUCAUGCUGUGGACUUUAAGUAAAAAUGAGAAUUUAUGCAAACUCUG